AUGGAGGUUCUUUUGAAAACAUCCUCUUCAGAUUCUCCUCCGAAGGAAAAAGUUCUUGGAUCUGCUCAAGUCCACGAAGCUAAUAAGGGUGACGGCGAUCAACAAGAACUUGAAUCUGCCAAGGUCGAGAUGAGCGAGGUGAAGGAAGAGAACGAGAAGCUUAAAGGAAUGCUCGAACGAAUUGAAAGUGAUUACAAAUCUCUGAAGCUCAGAUUCUUCGACAUAAUUCAACAAGAAGAACCUUCAAACAACCAAACUCAUCAAGAUCAAAACACGGUUGACAAUCCGAAAGAAACGACGGAUUUGAGUUCUCUUGAUCAAGAACGCGAGCUUGUGUCGCUUUCACUGGGGAGAAGAAGUUCUUCCCCGAGUAAUAACUCCCCCAAAAAGGAAGAGAGAACGGAAACGAUCAACGCAGAAGUCAACGCUGACGAAGAGUUGACCAAGGCCGGUUUGACUUUAGGGUUCAACAACGGCAACGUCCGUGAACCAAACGGGAGUUUAUCUCUCGACAAUAAUCCGGCAAAUUCCAGCCUGGAAAAUAGCUCGGAAGAAAUUCCUGGAGAAACUUGGCCGCCAGGCAAGGUUACCGGGAAAAGAAGCUCUCCGGCACCAGCCUCCGGUGGCGAUGUUGAUGGAGAGGCCGGUCAACAAAAUCAUGUUAAGAGAGCUAGAGUUUGUGUUAGAGCAAGAUGUGACACACCAACGAUGAAUGAUGGUUGUCAAUGGAGAAAAUAUGGUCAAAAGAUUGCGAAAGGAAACCCUUGUCCACGUGCAUAUUAUCGCUGCACGGUUGCACCUGGAUGUCCCGUUAGAAAACAGGUCCAAAGAUGUGCAGACGACAUGUCCAUACUAAUCACAACAUAUGAAGGAACACACAGCCAUCCUCUUCCUCUCUCAGCCACCACAAUGGCCUCUACAACCUCAGCCGCCGCAUCCAUGCUCCUCUCCGGGUCCUCCUCAUCAUCAGCCGCCGAUAUGAUCGGAAACAACCUCUACGACAAUUCAAGAUUCAACAACAACAACAACAACAACAAAGCCUUCUAUUCACCCGCACUUCACUCCCCAUUACACCCCACCGUCACUCUAGACCUCACCGCUCCACAACAUUCUUCUUCUUCUUCGUUGCCUUCUUUGAAUUUCAACAAAUUCUCAAACUCUUUCCAAAGAUUCCCACCCACAAGCCUAAAUUUCUCUUCUAAUUCAUCAUCAUCCUCAAACUCGUCUGCUCUCCACCUACCCGCAAUUUGGGGUAAUGGAUAUUCUUCUUAUACUCCAUACCCUUACAACAACGUCCAGUUCGGGACGUCCAACCUAGGAAAAACAGUCCAAAACAACCAGUCUUUAACCGAAACCCUCACGAAAGCGCUUACUUCCGACCCAAGUUUCCAUUCCGUGAUCGCUGCAGCGAUCUCAUCCAUGGUCGGAUCCAACGGUGAACAACAGAUCGUCGGUCCACGGCAUCAGAUUAGAAAUAACGCUCAACAAACUGCGACAAACAGUAACAACAAAGGAUGUGGAGGCUAUUUUAGCAGCUUAUUGAUGUCUAACAUAAUGGCGGGUAAUAAUCAAACGGGUGCGUCUUUGGAUCAGCCAUCAUCGCAAGUUCCUCCGUUCUCUAUGUUCAAUAAUUCAUCUUCAUCUUCUUCUACAACUAGUUUCGUGAACAAGGAAGAGAAAAGCUAG